AUGCCCGAAGAAUUCCUAUCCUUCCCUUCCGGUCCGGCUGUGGACAAGAUUGAAAAUUUUAAUUUCCUGCUCUCGCAUGCCAAUUCCGCAGCCAAGGGGGCGCGGCAAUAUUCGUUGGAUACAGACCUCGGGCUGGUCCCGUACAGCAGUCUGAAUAUGGAACUCGAUCAAACUGAAGGCAUGGGCGGCCUCUCAGUGAGCUCCUACGACAGCAUCGAAGAUGAACGCAAUUCGCUCGACCUGCAAGCCUAUCCUUAUCAAGGCCCCGUUGGCGACAAGGUCAUUGAUUACUCAGUUCCCGAUCACAUCAUGCCCUAUCCGGCACACUCGGUCUAUCCGCCCAUGUCCUUUGCGCCCGGCGACUUGGGUCAUGCCACGGGGGCAUUGACUCCCUCCGAUGUGUCUUCCUCCAUCUCGCCUCCCAAUGGCCAGAUGGGAAACAUCCAAUACUCCACUUCCAUUCCUGGAGAUCGAAUCGCGGCCGCUCUCGACCAAGAAGGUGGUGUCCGAGUGGCUGCGGAGGAAGACCGUCGACGCCGUAACACUGCCGCCUCUGCCCGCUUUCGCAUGAAAAAGAAGCAACGUGAACAAGUUCUUGAACGCACAGUGCGCGAGACUACGGAGAAGAACGCGUCCCUCGAAGCUCGCGUCGCCCAACUGGAGAUGGAGAAUCGGUGGUUGAAGAAUCUACUUACUGAGAAGCACGAUAUCGGCCCCUCGCGGACGCCCCCUCCCCCGUCUGCACCUGCUUCUUCGUCCAAGGAUAGCAGCUCUCUCGAGUCAAAAGCGAACAGUACACGCCCGGGACAAAACCAUAUCCAGCCCAAGAAGAAGGGCGUGGGCACCGAGGAAUAG